CAAAACUGUUCUGGGUGCGAUGGAAAUCGGCGAAGUGCUCUUCCAGUCACCUUACGUCAUGCGUGGUUAUUACAAGAACGCUACAGCUACGAGAGACUUCAUUGACAGUGAAGGCUGGAUACGCACUGGCGACCUCGGCUAUUACAACAAUGACGGUAGGCUGUUCCUCGCUGGGCGGCUGAAGGACACCAUGUUCCGCAUGUCGAAGCACAUGAAUCCGGCCGAAACGGAGCAUUGCCUCUACGCCCACUGGGCCAUCGCCGAGGCAGCCGUGCUACCAGUUCCGAGGGAAGACACCGAUGACGACCCGGCUGCUAUCAUCGUUCUCAAAGAGGGUGUUGUCGGGGACGAGAGGCUGGCCGAGGAUAUAAAAGCAUUCGUGGCUGAGCGGCUGGCACCAUACAAGCAUCUGCAUGGGGGAGUAUUCUUCGCAGAUUGUAUUCCAAAGACAAGCUUCGGGAAAUUUAAGAGGCGGCUGCUGCCCGAAAUGCUCACAUCACUCAAGAGAAUCGACAAAUCAUCCUCCUAG